AUGGAGACGAUGGUAGUGAGCAACAAGCAAGUCAUCUUCCGAGACUACGUUACCGGAUUCCUCAGUGAAUCCGACCUCCUUAUAAACUCUACCACCGUCAAUCUCAAGGUUCCGGCAGGAUCAAUGACAGCUUUGGUCAAGAAUCUCUACUUGUCUUGUGAUCCUUACAUGCGCAACCGUAUGAGAAAGCCUGAUCCCUCUAGUCCUGCUACUGCUCUCUCCUUCAUUCCCGGCAAGCCUAUCUCAGGGUUUGGAGUGUCUAAAGUGAUGGACUCAGGGCACCCGGAUUACAAAGAAGGUGACUUGCUUUGGGGAGCUGUUGGAUGGGAAGAGUACAGUGUUAUCACUCCAAUCCCUAAUCUUCACUUCAAGAUACAUCAUACUGAUGUUCCCUUAUCCCACUACACUGGCCUUCUUGGUAAUGUUACUCACUUCAAUGUGUUAGUUCAUCAUUGUCUUCCUUACACUUUUCUCUGUUCUUUGGCAGGUAUGCCUGGUAUGACAGCAUAUGCUGGAUUUUAUGAGAUCUGUUCACCGAAGAAAGGAGAGACUGUGUUUGUGUCAGCUGCAUCUGGUGCUGUUGGUCAGCUUGUGGGACAGUUUGCUAAGUUGAUGGGUUGUUAUGUCGUUGGAAGCGCUGGAAGCAAAGAAAAGGUUGAUCUUCUCAAGAACAAGUUUGGAUUCGAUGAAGCAUUCAACUACAAGGAAGAAACUGACCUCAACGCUGCCUUAAAAAGGUGUUUCCCUGUAGGCAUUGACAUAUACUUCGAGAACGUGGGAGGCAAAAUGCUUGACGCAGUGAUCCUAAACAUGAGACCACACGGCCGUAUCGCAGCCUGUGGGAUGAUCUCACAGUACAACCUGCAGAUUCCUGAAGCAGUAUACAACCUCUGGCUCAUUACCUACAAACGUAUACGUAUUCAAGGGUUUAACACCAUCGAUUACUUGCACAAAUACUCGGAGUUCUUGGAGUUUGUGCUUCCCUAUAUAAGACAAGGGAAGAUAACGUAUGUGGAAGAUGUUGCUGAUGGGCUCGAGAGUGCUCCUGCUGCGCUCGUUGGACUGUUUCAUGGUAAGAACGUUGGGAAACAGCUUGUCGUGGUAUCUCGUGACCCUUGA